AUGGCGUCGAUAGCGACCAAAGCGGUAGCCGGCAAACCAAUCGUUCCACAAUGCCUCACGAGUCAUAAAGUUGGCGUCGUAGUCUCGGCGGGCAAGAUGUCCAAAGCGGUACGGGUGCGCGUCGCAGAACAAGAAUGGAAUAAGAAGUUCAGAAAACACUUCCCAGCCCCUAAAACAUACAUAGCCCGCGACCCUAACAAUUCCGUCGUUGAAGGAGACAUCGUGCGCAUAACAUCCGGACACCGCACCUCCAAAGUCAUCCACCACGUCGUAACAUCCAUCGUCGCGCCCUUUGGCGAACCCGUAGAAAACCGACCACCAGUCCUCUCCCAAGCACAAUUAGACGAACAACGCGUCAAAGAGCGAUUAUUGAAGGACGUAAGGGCAGCGGAGCGGGGAAGACAGACGAGCAUCCAGAGAUUGGCGCAGGCAAGGAAGCAGGGCUUAAAAAUACCGACUCUUGAGGAAGCCAUGGAGGCAAUGAGGAGACACACUGAGGCAGAAAAGGCACGGGCUGAGGCGCACGAUGGACAGGCUGGUCAACAGAAGACGGCGAAGACGAGAAGAGUGGAGCAGGGCAAGAAGACGAAAGCAGAAGUUGAGGCGGAGAGCAAGGUUAAAGCUGCAAGGAAGCAGACCGCAUGA